AUGGGCUGCAGUCACUCGACAUCCGCUGCUGCUGCUGCUACGGACGACGUCGAGGCAGUGCACUCGCCCACAGCCAUUGGCGUCAGGGAGAGCGUUCACCCGUCUACAGUGGAGACGCCAGUGCCUGAGCGUGGAAAUGGCUCCAAAGACGAAGCUCCUGUCAAGUCGACGGACGAUGACGCGCUUCCCGUUGCGGCCGCUGUCCCACUUGGAGCUGUCGCAGAAGAAGCGGAUGUUGAUGCUGCGAAAGAGACAGUGGAACCGGAAGCUGUUGCUGCUACUGUAGCUGAGGAAGAGCCCCUGCAGGCUGAAGAAGCUGCUGCUGCUACUGUUGUACCUGAUGAAGAGGCGAUUGAGGCUGAGGGAGUUGCUGCGGAAGCGAAAGCUGUGGAAAAAGGGAUCGAGACGAAGGAGUUGGUCUGUGUCAGAGCUCCUGAAGAAGUGAUUGAGGCAGAGGAAGUCGCUGAUGUCGCUGUUGCUGCUGUGGAAGAGGCUGUCAAGACCGAGGAAGGGGUCGCAGCUGCAGCUGUCGAGGAGCGCGUUGAGAUCGAGGAGGCUGCCCCUGCUGCAGUGGAGGAAGAGUCGGUAAAGGCAAAGGAAGUUGUCACAGCUGACGCUGUCGAGGAGUCGGUCGAGGCAAAGGAAGUUGUCACAGCUGAUGCUGUCGAGGAGUCGGUCGAGGCAAAGGAAGUUGUCGCAGCUGAACGUGUCGAAGGGUCUACUACGACGGAGGAAGUUGCUGCGGCUGCUGCUGCUUUCGCUGUCGAAGAGGUGGCGAAGACAGAGGCCGUUGUUUCCACUGAAGCUACUGCACAGUCUGUUGAGACAGAGGAGGCGGUACCAGUCAUAGCUCGUGCAGAGAGUGUUGAGACAGAGGACGCUCGUGCUGCUGAAGCUGUUGUCGAAGUGGUCGAAAAGCCGUCGGAAGCAACUACAGCAGCUUUAGUCGACGAGGCUGCUCUCUCGCUGAACGACGAUGCUCUAGCCGAGGAGGUUCCAGCAGCAAAAGCAGCAGCCGAGGAGACUGCUUCUCUAUCGAACGAGGAGAAGCAAGUCCCUGCUGGAGCACACCCGGACGAGGUGACAGGAGUGACAGAGUCUGUCACUGAAGCGGAGGCGUCCAAGUCUGCAGUCGACGUUCCCGUAGAGACAGACGCGCCGGUGAACGCGCGUCACACGUCGGAGGAAGUCCCAACUUCUGCACUCGUGCACGAGGCCGAGUCGGCUGAGAGCUCUGUCCUCACGUUCACAGCAGAGGACACGACGUUUGACGACAAUGGCGUCGCGUUCUAUAACUACACGGGCUCGGACGCCAGCGGUGCUCGCAAGGACGACGUGCACGUGUCAAAGCGCUACUCGGAGUUUAAGGCUCUGCACGCACAGCUCUCGGCCAAGCAGAUGACAGACCUCCCGGCUUUGCCCAAGGCGCCGUUCUUACAGGCGCGCAAUAGCCCGAGGAUGCUGGAGGACCGCAAGACGCAGUUUUCGGUCCUGCUCAACGCCAUCGCUGCGCAUCCUGCAGCGUCUCAGAGCGAAGCGUUCACGGCCUUUUUGGCGUAG